AGUGCGGGGGCUGAGCUGAAUGCUUCCUUUGGUCGAACUAUUGCUCACAUCCCACGAAGUUACACCCACUCCAUGAAGUAACACCCAAAGUGGGGCGCUAGGAGUGUGUGCAGGCUUUUCAUCUCCCUCCUUGGAGGGCUGUGAGCUCAUGGGCACCCCUGGGAGAAAGGCAGGGAUGGGCGCUACUUUCUUUGGUGCCGUGUUUCCUCAAUGCUUAUUCUAACUCUAACGAGACUCCAUUUCUCUAUCCUUCUUUCUUUCAGAACUCUUCGACGAAUUUUAGAGACUCAUUGGAUGCAGAGCUGCUGAGAGACUGAGGGUCAGCACUCCCUAAAAUGGAGAAAACGAAUGCCAAAGACCAGUCUUCUCAGGGGGAUGAAGAGAAAGACCCUCCAAAGAGCCACCCUUACUCGGUGGAGACCCCAUAUGGCUUUCAUUUAGACCUGGACUUCCUCAAGUAUGUGGAUGACAUCGAGAAGGGAAACACCAUCAAAAGGAUUCCUAUCCACAGAAGGGCCAAGCAGGCCAAGUUUAGCACUUUGCCCCGCAACUUCAGCCUUCCCAACAGCGGGGCUCGCCCCCAGGCCGCCCUGCUCCACCACAACUGGUCGCCAGGGGUGCUGAGGAAAGUGUCGCUUGGGGCACAGGAGCAAACCCAGCCUCCGCUGCCCGGCGCCGCCCCCCAGGCGGCCGCCGGCGGGAGCGAGCUGAGCUACCAUCGCAGGGCCGUGUUGGCAGAGGCCAGCAGACAGCUGGAGGCUGCGGCCCCGGAGGACACCGAGCUGGGCCCCGGGAGCGGGCGGCCCCAGCUCCUGCGAGCGUCCAGCAUGCCGGCCACGCUGCAGCAGAGCAGGGCCCCCGAGGAGCCGCGCCUAAGCUCGGGUGCCCCCGCGCCUCCCUCCUUCCCGCCACUUCAGGGCGAGGGCAGCGUCUGCGACGGCGCCUUCGGCCCCGCGGAAGGAUUCGCAGGUUCUCACCUGGGAGAGCCGGUGCCGGGAACCCUGGAGCUGGUCCGCGAGGGAGCCGAGCCUCCGGCGGGUGGCGCCACCGCUGCCAGCCCCCUCGGCCUCCCCGGCCCUCCCUCCUCGUUCCCCGGUGCUCUUGUGGGGCCGCAGGACGCGGGAGCUGCAGAGGUGGCGGUCUCCCCCGGCUCCCCCACGCCAAGCCCCCCGCCCCUGCCGUCGCCCAUCCCCGAGAGCGAGCUGCCCCUGGAGGAAAUCGAGCUCAGCAUCAGCGAGAUCCCGCCGCCGCCGCCCGUGGAGGUGGACGUGAGGAGCGUGGGCGUCAGGGUCACCGAGGAGAGCCUGGGCCUGGCCGGCGGCGUCUCCGGCCUGGAGUGGCAGGUCUCGGCCCUCCAGGGCGAGCUGUCUGGAAGAACCGAGGAGCUGGCGCAGGUCAGGGCUGCCCUCCAGCAGCAGGAAGAGGAAGUGAAGGCCAGGGAGCAGAGGAUUCAAGAGCUGGAGCGCGCCGUAGCCCAGCUGGAAGAAAAGCUUAGCCAAGAGACCGCCAGAGAAGCUCAGGGCCAGACUGAUGCCAUGGUGAACACUGACCCUCUCCAUGGACUCUUGACCAGGGAGUCAUGUGACAAGAGCACUGAGGUCAACCUUCCGGGCGUCACAGAAUCUGAAAGCUGGGGAGCCCACGGGGCGGAGAAUGGUCUCCUAUGGGGGCAAGACAGCCCCAAGCAAGGGGAUCAGAGCCCAACAGAACAUGUGCUACCGCCCCAGCUGUCACUGCUGCAGGGACCCGAGAAGGUCCUCUCCUCCUCUUUAGGUAGCUGCCUCUCCACCGAACUCAGGAUUGAAGAAGCAGACUCAGAGCAGGAGGGAGACCCUCAGGGAGGAGCCGAGGGCCUGGCCAGGGGAGCAGGAGGCUUUCCGUGGAGCAGUGACAGAAAGACUCCCCCAGCAGGGAGGCAGGAGCCCAGUUCAGAGCUCCCAGGGAAGGAGCACCCGGGAAGGCCACCAAGCUCACCAACAGAUGCCACCCUUGGGCAAUACGUGAAGAAGAUCCAGGAGCUCCUGCAGGAGCAGUGGAGCUGCCUGGAGCACGGGUACCCGGAGCUGGCCAGCGCCAUCCGGCAGCCGGCCUCCAAGCUGAGCAGCAUCCAGAGCCAGCUGCUGAGCUCCCUCAACCUGCUGCUGUCUGCCUACUCGGCCCAGGCCCCCCAGCACAAGGAGCCCCCGGCCCCCUCCUCCCCACCGAAGGAGAUCUCCCCGUCAACCAGCCUUAAAUCCAUAAUGAAAAAGAAAGACUAUGGCUUCCGUGCAGGAGGUAAUGGGACCAAAAAGAACCUUCAGUUUGUUGGGGUUAACGGUGGCUAUGAGACCACCUCAAGUGAGGAGACCAGCGGCGAGGACAGCUCCCCAGAAGACUUGUCUGACAGCGAGGCUGAGAAGAAAUGUGAUGGCCCAGAACACAGGUGUACCAAGGACGCCCACCCCAGCUGCGAGGCCGGGCAGGGCGUCCCCGAGGGCACCCGCCACCCAGGCCAGGAAAGUGGGCCUGGGGAAGAAGUCCCCCACUCCAAGGCUGAGAGAUAUAAACCCUCGGAAGAAUUUCUUACUGCAUGCCGGGCAUUGAGCCAACAGCUGCCGGAAACUGGGACCUCCACCGACCAGCUCUUGAGGCAAAGCUUGAACACCGUCAGUCAGGAGUGGUUCCGCGUCUCCAGCCGGAAGUCGUCUAGCCCUGCCAUGGUGGCUGCCUACCUGCACGGGGUCCAGCCUCACUCCCCACAUUUCCUGAAGCUGCUUGUCAACCUGGCUGAUCGCAACGGGAACACUGCCCUUCACUACAGCGUGUCCCACUCCAACUUCUCCAUCGCAAAGCUGCUGCUGGAGACAGGCGUCUGCAAUGUGGACCAUCAGAACAAAGCUGGCUACACUGCUGUGAUGAUCACUCCGUUGGCUUCUCCGGAGACCGAUGAAGACAUGGCUGUCGUCUGGAAGCUCUUAAGAGAAGGAAAUGUGAACAUCCAAGCUACUCAGGGAGGCCAGACUGCGCUGAUGCUGGGAGUCGCCCAUGACAGGGAGGACAUGGUUCAAGCGCUACUGAGCUGCCAGGCAGAUGUCAACCUGCAGGACCACGAUGGAUCCUCGGCCCUCAUGCUGGCCUGUCACCAUGGCAACGCCGACAUGGUGCGGCUGCUCCUGGCACACCCAGCCUGCGACAGCAGCCUGACUGACAAGGCUGGCCGCACAGCUUUGUCCAUCGUUCUGAAAUCACCCACCCAUAUGGAAAUCGCAGGGCUUCUGCGGGCCCACGCGGAGCAGGGCAGGUCCCUGGGGCCGUAGUGGCUGUGGAACUGGCAGCCGGAACAAAAGGCUCCUUCUCUGGACUCCUCCCUCACCCUCGGAGAGGGCAGGGGUCACAGCCAGAGGGCCACCCCUCCAGAGAAGAAACUAUGUCAAAUAUGCACAUACAUUCCUGUCUGUGUAAUUCUGCUCAUUAGGACGCUUUGUAGUUUUUGCCUUAGGCCAAGCCCCAAAACUACACGGGCUUCAGCACAGGGUUCAAGGUGCAAGGUGAGGGCUGCACUGGUGUCAUCCAAAAAUCCAAAGUAUCUUCAGCCUGGAAUUCCUCGUGACUCUACCCACUGUAGCACCGUGUAGCAAGCAGGCAGGCAGGAGCACAGUAGCACAUUAGAAAAGCAAUACUUUUUACAUGGAAUUUUGAAGUGCACUGUCUUUUUGUUUUUUUAAAAAAAGCAUAUAUAAAUAUGUCCCAUUGAAUAUGCAUGUCUAGAGAGGACGGGAGGGGAUUUAAUUCACCUGCUGGCAGUCGUUCUCUAGAGGACCCUAGGAGAAUCACCAUGCAGAUGGGUAAAACAGAAUAAGCUGAAUAAGCCACAUUUGGGGGCUUUGUUUCAAUGGCGUUGACAGAGAAAUCUUAAAUUCAGGGGAGUUAGGAAGAAGCACAUUGGUGUCGAUGCCAGAGGUACAGUCUUGACCAUUUUCGAGUCAUCAAGUGGCUCCAAUUUGCUCCAGGGAAAUUAGAAUUAAUUAAAAAAUUCAAUCCAAUGACACACACCACACAUAUUUAGGCAGAGUCCAGUGAUAAUCAGGUAUUCCGAACCUGUGAAAGAAAUUAAUGAAUUGAAGUGAGCUUCCUCCUGGGGAUGAGCUAUUGUCAUCUGGAAGGCGCCACAUUUCCUCCAUAGCCUCAUCCACAGCCUCACGGUGGUCCCGGGUGCUUUCCCCCCAUCCUCGAUGGCAAACAUCUGCCCUGAGGUUUCCCGAGGCUCCUGGCUGCGGAGCCUCCCAGCCUGGCCUCAGCAGGAGCGUGGGACUGGGCAGCGCAGGGCAGGGCCCUCCCUGCACGUGCCUGGUUGCUAUUCGGUAGCUCACUUAAGGGUUACCUGAAUGUGUUCUUUCUUAAAAUCCCUUAUGCAAACUCUCCCC